AUGCACCUCUCAAAGAUCUCCAUUAUCCUUCUGGGGCUUGCUUCUCACACUGUGCUUGGACUUGUAGCUCUAAUUCGCAUCAGGGCACGAGACAACCAGUUUGAUGCCCGUGCUAUCGAUGCACGCGACAGCAGCAAAGUCAAGUACGACCGAUAUGAUGCCCAUCCCGUCGAUGCGCGCGACAGCAGCAAAGUCAAGUACGACCGAUACGAUGCCCAUCCCGUCGAUGCACGCGAUAGCAGCUAA